AUGAUAGAUGUAGUGACGGCAUUGAAUUGUAGCUUUAUUUUCAACAAUAACAGUUUCAGUAUUACUGGUAUCUACAGGCCUAAUCCCACGAAUGUACAGGAGUUUGUAAACAAUUUGGAUUCGUAUUUGAGAAGUACUGCAAACUGUGACAUUUCGCUGUUGGUGGGUAAUAUAAAUAUAGACUUAUUGAGAGAACAUGAAUACAGCAAUUUAAGAUACGUGAAUAUGUUACAACAGAACGGGUACAUAUCUCAGAUUAAUACACCUACUAGGGUAGAUUCUAACUCAUCUACGAUUAUCGACUACAUAUUUUUGAAGGCAAACAGAUUUAAGGUCUCUGAAACAGCAACUGAGUGUAAACCAAUACUUUUGGAAAAUUGUAUGACCGAUCAUUAUCCUGUUUUGUUCAAUUUUGGGUAUUUGAAAGGAAGUGGUGCAACUUGCAAUUUGAGGAAACAUUUGAAGGCGAAGCAUUUUGCGGUAAUAACGCAAGAUCUUCCGUCUCCUUCGUCUUUAAGAACAUCUGCGGAGUUGGAAGAAAUACCCGGACCAUCAACUUCUUCUACACCUUGGAAGUCAGAAGUCACCCCAGGAAGUUCGGCUUAUGACACCACAAAAGAAAUUGAUAAUGGCAAAAGACGAAUGCCUUUUCCCUCAUCAAAACAAUCUAAAAUAUCGACUUUUGCUACGCGGCCAAUGUAUAUUCCUCGUACUAAGAACCGGCAUAUAAAAGUUUUAAACAUGAUUAUAAAAGACAUGCAGCCAUUUACAAUUGUUGAAGAUGAACGGUUCAGAGAAUUGUUAGAAGAGUUUGAUCCUGCUUAUAAACUUCCUUCAAGAAAAACUUUAAGCAACAGUUUGUUGCCCCAAACAUAUGAUGAGGUUGUUCAGAAAGUAAAGAAUUUACAAAAAAAUUCCGAGUAUUUGACGAUUACGACAGAUACUUGGACAUCCACAGCUGUUGAAAAUUAUUUUGGCCAUAACCGUACAUUAUUUUUCUGUCACUCUCUGUCUACACUACAGUAUGUAUAA